UUAUCAAGAGUAGAUAAACAUCCUACCCAUCCGCGAGUAGCACACUCUUGUUUAUCUACUCUUGGUGUUAUACUGCAGUUACUUCUUGUUCUCUUGUUGGUCGGCUUUGUUGAAGUUGUUGCAGUCUGACUCUUGGUUUACGCCUUGUACCUAACCUUAUCCUGAGAAGCUGCUUGCUCUUGUCGUGAGGAAUGAUAGGCAAACCAGGAGCCAGAGAUGCUGGCCGAGGUAGAGGAAGGAGAGGUGGGGGAAGUCGAGGCGGAGGAAGUCAUCGGAAAGCGCCCAGAAACAGACAUGGUGCAGCUACUACUCAGGCUUCUGCACCACAGCGCGAGGAGCUUGAAAGCAAUGUGUACAGAUAUGAGGAGCCGGAGCCGUCACUGGAUGAUGAGUUUGAUGAGGAGAUGAUACGGAUGAAGGACCAGCGGCACCAAGACAAUGCCAAGCUGUUUUCAGCACUGCUGGAUCAACCUGUCCACACGGCUCUGCACCAGCACCGCCAAGAGACGAUAUUGCCAGAGGCUGACAUUGGCGUCGAUCUGAAUGCACUGGCAAAGAACUUGUGCUCUAUUCCUGUGCACACUCGCCUCGACAUCAGUGAAGACCACCUUUCUAGUACCACUAUCGCUGAAUUCCAACGUAGUGCUAGUGAGAGUGUAAAAUCCUCCACUGCUACGGCCGACCGACUGGUUCGCGGCACGGAGAUUGCACCCGCACCCAUUCAGCAGUACAUUGCAAGGGCAAGGAACCAGGAUCUGUCUGCUGUUGCGGAUACUGCUGCACUCAGCAAUAGCAGCAUUGGGGAGCGGAAAAGCAUGCCACAGUCCGAUCAUGGCCCUCGUCACUCUGCUCCAACUGCUCACGCACCAGUCCAACAGGUUUCUACUCCGCAACAGUGUGGUCCGGAUGCUGAAGUCGAUGGGAAAGAUGGCGAUGAUAAUGCUGUGCUGGAUGCUUUAUUAGCCCUGCCAACAGCACCAGCCACACCGGCAGCAGUUACCUCGACUAAUGCAACCACUGCACCUGCACGAGCACGCGACCAGAAGCCAGCCCCGAAUGCGACAAAUAGACUGCAGACUGGGAGCAAUGCAGCACAUUGCGCACCCACAGCAUCGCCGACCAGUGUUCUUGUCGAGUCCACAACUGCCAGUAGUCCAUCCACUGCAGCCACUGCAAGUUCUGGACAGAACCGUGUGUCGUCGAGCAGCACGUUAGCCAAGCCAACAACAAGUGCCAGUAUGGAACAACGCGUAGCCAACAAAGGUGCUCCGGUUGCGGCACUUGGAGCCGGGCCUGUGAACGUUGACACUGUAGCAACGAGUAAACGUGCAGCAGCUGUUGCAGCAGCGGCGGCGAGUGCAGAUGACCAUGACGAUGAAUUGGACUUCCUGCUUGCUUUGUAGACUGUAGUACAGCCACAGCAGCAGCAGCAGCCAUGCUGCUAUGCCCUGUGCUAGACUCAGAAUAUGCACACGUAGCUGUGAUGAUCCUUCUGUUUGUAGUAUAGUUGAUAGAACUCUUUAUUCUCACGCUGUCGCUGUUCAUGUUCUUCUGUAGGAGCUGGUCUCCGACAAUCUUCCGUCCAAACCCACUCAUUGGCGUGCAUUGGCAAUCAUCAUGUUUGCUUCUUUCUUUCUCCUUCACUGCCUUGUGUGGGCAAUCAUCACUGAAAAUGUAUAAAAGAAUUAUGUGAUUCCUUAUAGGAAUGGGUUUGCUCCCACACUGGAGCUCGCGCUAUUCCGCCAACUUGACUUGACACUUGAUUCCUUAUGUUAUUUCUAUAACUUAGAACCUUUCAAGUUAGCUGGAAGGCUGUUGGAGUGCGCAUCCAAGACGUGCUAGAGCUGUUAGCCAGUUACAUGUAGUUGUAGAACGUCAGUGCCGUCGGUGUAAUGUUAUCGCAUGAGCUUAUUGUUGAGUAACUGGUGGUGUGUGUGGACAGUACAGCAUAACCAAGAGUAUAUUAUACUCUUGGCGUAACUUGUA